GAGUUUGGAGUCGGUCUGGGAGCCAGCCCUCCCGGUAUGAACUUCAACUGCAUGGACUGUAAACCCUAGAUCCUGAAAGCCCGGAGCCCCGUGGUGACUUCAAAGCCUGCUAAACUCUGCGGCCCGUGAUGACCUAUAGGACACUUGUGUACCUACCGAAUGCGCCCGGGCUGAAUACUCUGUCGCAUGUGUCCCUGCUGGGUGUUCAGCGUGGACGCGGUGCUGCGGUGUGCUCGCUGUGGAUGUGCCAGCUCUUGGGCGUGAGGCGUCUGCAGGUGUGUCAGCAGGAGACGGGCGGAACCACGAGCACGCUGACUUUGCCUCUGUAGCCUCUGCUCUCAGCGGGCGGGUCUGCAGAGCCCAGAUACCAGGAGAAUCCGGACUCAGCAGCUCCUUUCUCUCCAGGACGACAACGUGCACCAGGCCAUGAGGAACACGAGCAAGGAGGUGCAGAGCACCUCUCACCGCUAUGCUCCCUGCGACUGGUACUACCACCUACCUGUGAAGCGCUCUGAGAAGGCUGUGGGUGCCCCACCCGCAUCCCAGAUCCCGGGGCUCAGUGACUUGGGAGACACCCCAAAUGGAAACAUGCCCCGUGCUCGGAGAUACUGGAUAAAAGAAACAGACUCAGAGUAUGUGAAACUGGCCAAGCAAGGCGGCAGACCUGAUUUGCUGAAGCACUUUGCCCCUGGGACCAGAAAGGGCUCCCCAGUAGCCUACUCUUUGCCAGACUGGUAUAUCCACCACAGCAAGCCUCCGACAGCCCACCAGCGACAAGUCCCCGUGGUCUCCAUGCCGGAUUACAUGGUGUAUGAAGAAUUCAACCCUGGUCAGGCCAAUGGCACCUAUGAGUCCAGACGAGGCCCCUUUGACUUUGACAUGAAAACCGUUUGGCAAAGAGAGGCCGAGGAACUUGAAGACGUGAAGAGAAAGGUGAAACUGCCAGCCAUUAAUUCCAAAAAUCCCAGCAAAGUGGGAACCCCAGUUAGCCACAAAGACCCUGAAGGGAGCAGGCUGUCAUUGCCUCCUAUGCCCGGUCACAAGAGCAGCUCUCCAACCAACUUUUCCAAACUCAUCAGCAACGGCUACAAGGACGAGUGGUUACAGCAGCAGAGAGGCGAGUCUGACAAGAGGACCCCGAAGACAUCCAGGGCAUCCUUGUCCACUCGGUCCACAAAGGACUCUGAAAGUACCGAGGACACAGAGACGCCCCAUGAUCCAGAGCCCCCUGAAGAUUCCGAGAAAACUCCAGAUGCAGAAGGAUCCCCUUCAGAAUCGACGCCAGCAGAGCUAAAAUAAGCCUGGAUAUGCCGUCUAGGACAACCUCUUUAGUUGCUAUCUGUAGAGUGACAAUGGACAGCUAUAUUUGCAGGCUCCUGUUCUAUUUUAUUCAUGUAAAGUCUUUUGAAGCAACUUGCCUUGGGUAGAGUUGAGAUAGCAAACAUGGGGUAAGUGUGGGCUUUUGUUUCUUGCAUUUCUCGGGAUGGCCUUGCUGACCUGCUGAUUUCUGGGACCAGAGUCUUCCUGAAGCGGGCCUCUUAACAUCCUAUCUGCCCCACAGUGUGGAGCACUGCUCUAAGACUUGAAAGGGAAGAGACUCACAAGUUGCAGCCUUUUCCCUUAUUUGGUCCCAUAAUCUUUAUAGAAACAAUUUCCCGCUCCACAGAAAUGACUAAUUUCAGAGCCGUGUGACAUAAUUUGCUGUAACAAUAUUUUAUUAUGCUUUGAAGUUUAAAGCAUUUCAAAUAAAACAUUGUAACAUUAGUUUAUUAUUUUUGCUAAUAGAUUAGGUGCAAAUUGAAGCCCAGAAAUACUGAACAUUUGUUAUUUUAUAUCCUUUAGGCAAAAAAAUAUAUUUAAUCUCAAUUAGGCUAUUUUAUUAGGUUCACAAAAACAUUCUAGUAAUCAGACUCAAUGCUCUUGUUUUAUAAAUUUUGUUGUUUCUAUGUUAGGAUUUAACAUUAAAAUGUAUUUUAUAUUUUAUUCAUUAAUAAAAGAAUAACCGUAUCAGGAAAAGUUUCUAGAAAGCCAAAUAGAGUCAGCACUGGAAUUAACUUAUCAUGCAUUUGCUUGGUUAAAGUUUGAAUUUCGAAUUGGUUCUUUAACUGAAAUACUUAAUUGAACACUUACAUCUCUAUUGCCUUAUCAGAGGGAUAUUACUAUGGGAAAAUAUAUCUAAUAUAUAAAAGUAUGAAUGACUAUAUGUAUUCA